ACGGUCAGCACAUAGCGGAGCGGAGGGUCUCUGCGGGAGGAAAAUGACACCACGGUCUGGAUAAAUGGCCAAUUUUAAGAUGAAACUUUGCCGGCAAUGGCUCCUUUUUGUUCUAUUUCUUCCAUUGUCAAGUGUUUUAUGUUUCAGCGAGUUGUCCUUCAUCACAGAGCCCAGUGAUAUCACUCUACUACCAAAAGACCCGGCUGUCUUGGACUGCCAGGCUCAUGGGCAGCCUCCAGUCACCAUUAAGUGGCUAAAGAAUGGAGUUAGGUUGGCAGAAAGUGAACACAUCCACUUUCUGACCAAUGGCUCCUUGUACAUACCAAAGAUAAAGCAUACCAAGGAGGAUUCAGACCAAGGAUUCUACCAGUGCCUCUCUCAGAACAAAUAUGGAGCUAUCCUAAGCCAAAGAUCACAGCUGACUAUCGCAAGUAUCUCGGAGUUUUUGUUACACCCUGUGCCUAUUGUGGUGACUGAGGGUUCUGUGGCACGAUUCUCCUGUGCAGUCACCUCCAGCCCUCCUGCCUCCAUCACCUGGGAGUUCAACCAAAGCACACUGCCGCUGCAGACAGACAGAAUAACUGUUUUGCCCAACGGAGUCCUUCAUAUUCACAAUGUACAACUGGAAGAUGCCGGACAGUAUCGAUGUGUGGCAACUAACAUUGGCAGCCGUUUACAGAGUAGAGAGGCGACACUGACGGUUAACCUAGAUGCAAACCCUAUGCCACGUAAGAGGCCCAGAAUCAUUGCUGGACCUCAGAAUGUGACAGUUUCCCUCCACCAAACUGUGGUCCUGGAGUGUGUAGCUACUGGAAAUCCGUGGCCCAUCAUCUCCUGGAGCCGUGCUGACAGUAAACCCAUCGAUGUGUACAAUGCCAAAGUGCUGGGCAAUGGGAACCUGGUCAUUACUGAUGUCAGUUCCAAGCACAGUGGAAUCUACCUCUGCAGGGCUACCACCCCUGGAACCCGCAACCACACUACUGCUGCAGCCAACCUCACAGUUCUAGUGCCACCAACCAUUGUUGAACGACCUGAGAGCCAGACCCGUCCAAGAGCAGGCACUGCCCGAUUCAUGUGCCAGGCAGAGGGAGUGCCUACGCCACGCAUCAGCUGGCUAAAGAAUGGAGAAGAGGUUCACUUAAAUGGGAGGAUAAAGAUGUACAACAGUAAACUGGUGAUUACCCAGAUCAUCCCUGAGGAUGAUGCCAUCUACCAAUGUAUGGCAGAGAAUGAACAGGGUUCUGUGCUCUCCUUGGCUCGCCUUAUUGUUGUCAUGUCCGAGGACAGGCCCAGUGCCCCAAGAAAUGUCCACGCUGAAACCAUCUCAAGCUCUGCUAUCUUACUGGCCUGGGAGAGGCCUCUCUACAAUGCAGACAAAGUUAUUGCCUACUCCAUCCAUUAUAUGAAGGCUGAAGGUCUAAACAAUGAAGAAUACCAAGUUGUGAUUGGCAACGAUACAACCAGUUAUAUCAUUGAUGACCUUGAGCCAGCUCGAAACUACAGCUUUUACAUCGUGGCCUACAUGCCAAUGGGAGCCAGUCGUAUGUCAGACCAAGUCAGUCAACAUACCCUGGAGGAUGUGCCUCUGCGCACCCCAGAGCUAAGUCUGACCAGUCAAAGCUCAACGGACAUCAAGCUAAGCUGGCAGCCACUGCCAGCAAAGGUGAGCCGUGGUCGGGUGUCUGCUUACAGACUCUCCUAUCGCACAGCUGCAGACAGCACUGUCUCAUCUGUGGAGCUACAACAGAACAGUACUGAAUAUCUCCUGGAGGGCCUGCAGCCUGACACCAUUUACCUGCUCCGCAUGGCUGCAGCCACCCGUGUUGGUUGGUGUGAGCCAUCAGCUUGGACUUCACACCGGACACCAAAGACCUCCAGCAACAAAGUGCCUUCGGCCCCUAUUCUUCAACUUGAGCCACUUAACUGCACCUCCAUUGUGGCACGCUGGCAGACCACCCCAGAAUCUGUGGCUGUAGAGGGUUACCGGCUGUGUUAUCAUGAGGAAGGCCAACCAGAGCAGCCCAACAUCCAGCUGCAGGCUCAGACCUACACCUACACCAUCAGUGGCCUUGAUCCAAGAAGAAAGUAUCAUGUCAAGAUUCUGGCCAUGAGUAAAGCUGGAGAUGGCUAUCAGACAGACCAAACCAUUAGUACUCCGGGAUGUGUGUCGGCUAGAGACCAACUGGCAGCAGCCCCUCCACCUCCAGAUCAAGUGACUGUCUUGGCCAGCAACUCAUCUGCAGCAUCCCUCCGUUGGAAUCGUCCCUCUUUCUCUGCUGGAAAGGCUGUUAGCUAUACAGUCCGCUGUACUCCUGUGGGCACUCAUAAUGCCUCUGCUAUACGCUACCUGCAAACAAUCAAGCAGAGCGUCACAGUUCAAAAUUUAAAUCCAAACACUCGCUAUGAGUUUGUGGUGCGUCUCCAUGUGGACCAGAUGUCAAGCCCCUGGAGUUCUGUAACUUACCAUCAGACCCUGCCAGCAGCACCUAGCCAACCACCUGCAGGAGUGCGAGUGACACUGAUUGAGGACGACACUGCUCUGGUGUCCUGGAGGGAGCCCACUGAGCCCAAUGUGAUGGUUACACACUAUACCAUUCUGUACGCCUCACAGAAAGGCUGGUUGUCUGGGCACUGGCAAAAAAUACAGAGGGAGGGAAGUCAUACGAUGGCCCUACUGGAGAAGCUGGAGCCAGGUAAUGUCUACGUGGUGAAAAUAUCAGCCUCCAAUGGGGUAGGUGAUGGGCCGUUCUCCAACAUUGUGGAGCUGACACUGAGGCGUGGAAACAUGCACCGCAGCAAGAACCCCAGACACUCCGACAACUUCCCUGAUACAACAGCAUUCUCUGAUGGUCUCUAUCACAUAGACCAGAGGUCUAUGACAGGGAUCAUUGUUGGCGUGAGCAUCGCCUUGGCCUGUAUAGUCAUGUGUGCCUUGAUCCUGAUCAGCAAAGGCAGACCAAGAAAAUCGUCCAGUCCUAAAGUCAUCGCUGUGGGAGCUUCUGAAGGUCCACAUGGUGCUUUGUCCCUGGCCAGUGAACACCAUACAGAGAAUGUUGAGGCCCUUAUACCAAUGAUCAGUCAUCACUUCCUAGAUGCUAAAGGUGGAUCUAAUAUUGUUAUAAAUAGUGCCGGUCCUCUCAGCAACAAGAAUAAAAGCAAGAAGUGGAUGUUUUUCAAGAGAGAGAUCAGAAACCCAAAUGAAACUGAUGUUGAAACAAGAGCCAGCUUGUAUGAAGCUGGUAAAACUGUUCUGAGGUAUGAGGAGCGUCUUGGCGGAGCUCCACUGCCGCCUUCGUCCCGGGAGAUCAUCUAUGGACCACUCCACUCGGAGAGCUCUCACACCAGCGAGGGCAGCCAAGAGACAGGAGACUCCGGACACUACUCCAAUGAAGAAAGCAAUGAAGAGAUGAGCAACCCGUCAACCAGCCAAAGCUCCAGACCUGAGUCUUUUGGGCCAGACAACGCUACCACUGUCAAUAAGCUAAAGGAGUCUUUCAAAGUGGAAAACGAGGCGAUGUUGAGCCGUCCCUUCCACCACUCUGCCCCUGAUGCUUCCUGGCUCAGCGGCACAGCGGAGGGCUCUCAUCCCGCCCGGCACACUUCCCAGGCAGCCAGCUCCUGACACCACCUGGCCUGUACCUGAAGCUACGCCACUUCUACCUCGUUCUCUUCCUCAGUGAAGCCCUUUGGAUAUCUCCUGAGAGACAAGGGAUCAGAAAACCAGCUGCUGCAACGGAAGAAAUGUGCAUUUGCUUCAGACUUACCUCAGGAUUUUGUAUGAAUGUUUGUUACAUUUUAUUUCCAUUUUUUUAACAACUUUCUACCUGUUUGUCUGUGUUUGGCGUUGUCUGUCCUAAACCAAAGCUCACCCAUGAUGAAUGUCAAAAAGAAUGUCAGAAAUGUAUUGAUACAUUUUCGUUAUAUUUGAUUUCUUUCCACUGGAGCGGAGGGUGUAGUUGAGCCCUUCACUGAUAUCUACCUCAGUGUUUUGUUCUUUAUAUACAUUACUACCUCCUUUUCACCACGUAUUGUGCAGUAUUAUGUCAGACUCAGGGGACAAGGUGAAAACGUUUCAUUGCCAUGUCUUGUUACCCCUGUUCGGACAUCAUUAUUCAGUUUCUUUUUACACGAUUGAAAGAGUUUUUGUUUGACAUUGUUUGCCUAUGAAUGAUGUAUGUUGUGAAGACGAUAAGUGCAUUAGGUUUUGCCAAACUAAUUCAAGCUUUAUUACACAAUGUUGUUUGGCAUCGUCAGUGCACUGAACUCAAAGCUUUAACAUGGCCUUAAUAUCGAAAGGGCUUUGCAUACUAUAGAUGAUGAGAUCCAAAGACGGGAGAAAUUGUACCCAAAGAGUUUUUGAUAAUACAAUAGAUAUUCUAAGGCAACCAAAAAUAUGGUGGGUGUAAAAUAAGGGUGCGUUUGCCAAAAUAUUCUUCUUGCCAAUGAUGUACAUUUCCUUUAGAGUGCUGGUUUUCUCCGUUUAGAUUUUAUCAAUGCUUUAUUCUGGUGAAAGCUUUAGCACAAGUCUCCUUGGCUUGUGCUCCACUUGCCUUCUAGACCAUUGCUAAACGCAGCGGUGAUGCCGAUGCUAUUAUCCAAAGAGUUGUCUGCUUCCUCAGAUGGGUGUGGCUUUUUAUUCAGUUGAUCCUUGGUACGAUGAGGUGGAAAAUACUGACACAAAACCAAAGAUCCAGUGUGUCUUGCCAGUGAUAGAUGAAUAUAUUUAUUCUUUGUUUAGAGAUUUAUCUGUCACCACUCAAAAAUACCGCUGUACGGGGAAGAAUUCUCUUUCUCUCUCCCUCAUAUUUCCUGUCCAGGUGUGACAAUGAAGGAUUCUGACUAUCAUAAUGAAGCCCUAUGUGUGAAGAGCAACAUAAUCAAUUUUUAUACCUUUGUAAUACAAAUAAUCCUAACCAAAGAAUCUUGAAGUCCCUGUUAUUUAGUGAUUUUCUUUGGUUUUCAUUUACAUUAUAUACAUGAUUUGCAUUUAAACACGAUUUGAUUUCCAAUGGGUUUCAUUACUAGAAAGGCCUUUUUACAUAGUUCUUCUUUUUUAAACUUGAGAUGUCAAAAAACUGUUUUUGCAGUCUUUUUAUCACCAUGAAAUUUCACCUAAAUAAUACUUAGACUACAUUGUAAUUUUUUUUUAGAUUGUCCUUUUUAGCAUGAUGUUGUAAACGAAAAACAUUUUCCAGUUUAAUGUGACAUUUUCAAAUGGUCUCAUAUUCAAAGUUUGUCCGUUAUUAUUUAACUUAUGGUUUUCUUGAUAUUGCUGCUUUUGAAUACCAAAAUGCAUCUUUUAAACCAAAGUGAGCAACAAAACAAAUUAUUUUACGUGUUGAAAUGUUGCAACAGACUUUUUUGAUACUCUCAAGAUGAUCAGAAAUAGUAGAUAAUAAAAUUGUUCUUGGGAAAAAUA